AUGGUGUUUGGAUGUCUCCUUGGGGAAAAUUGUAAUCACUCUAGAGAUUUAUGGUUGGAAGCAGAGGAGAGAGGAAUCAACAUGCUUUUCCUGAUAGGUGGUAACGGUACUCAUGCUGGAGCUAACGCUAUACACGAUGAAUGCCGCAAAAGAAAGAUGAAGGUAGCUGUAGUUGGUGUGCCAAAAACCAUUGACAAUGAUAUUUUUCAUAUGAAAGAAGCUCAACGAGCUAUCAACUCUGCCUACAUUGAGGCACAGAGUGCUUGUCAUUGCAUUGGUAUUGUAAAACUUAUGGGUCGUAAAAGUGGUUUCAUAGCGAUGCAAGCCUCUCUAGCAAGUGGACAAGUCGACAUCUGUUUGAUUCCUGAGGUUCCUUUUAAUCUUCAUGGACCUCAUGGUGUGCUGAAGCAUUUGUUCCUUGUUCAUGCAACAAACUUCAUGGUGUGCUGA